CCGCUCUUCGCGCGGCGUCACUUCCCGCCGCCCGCGCAGCAGCCGUGCCAUGGCGGAGCCCGGGGAGCUGCCGCCUCCCGCCGCGCCGCACGGCGGGGGCCGCAGCGACGGCGCGGAGGAGGCACAGGAAGGCGGUGCUCCGGCGGGGCCCGCUGAACCGGGCCCGCCCCCGGCCGGGUCGCCGGGCACUGAGGAGCCCGCGGGCGACGGGAGAAAGAAAAUUGAUGUGUUGCUGAAGGCCGUGGGCGACACCCCCAUCAUGAGGACCAAGAAGUGGGCGGUGGAGCGGACCCGGACCAUCCAGGGCCUCGUGGAGUUCAUCAAGAAGUUCCUCAAGCUGAUGGCCUCCGAACAGCUGUUCAUAUAUGUAAACCAGUCUUUUGCUCCAUCUCCAGACCAAGAAGUGGGGACCCUUUAUGAGUGUUUUGGAAGUGAUGGCAAGCUUGUACUGCAUUACUGCAAAACUCAGGCAUGGGGAUGAAUGACUGGCCACACAGUUGUUCAGGUUUUCUCUUCAAAAAUGGAGAAAGGACUAGCUUAAACUCAAGCUGUAAACACACCAGAAGAGGGAUUUUUUGCAUUUCUGCCUAUGAAAAUAUGAUGCAGGUGAAUAGCAUUAGCAAAGAGCUGAUUAGGCUAUAUGAUCACAUGGCUUUUUUUCUGAUGUAGAUCGGGGGUACAGAAAAAACACCUGCACCUGCCAUGUAGAGUAGAGCCAGCGUUCUUGCUGCUGGCUACUUAGUUGCUGUAUCUGAAGGCAAACUAUUUCAGUUGUCUGCAGGACUGACUGGACAGCUUUGUCUAUAUGCUGUACUGAAGAAAAGAGACUUUCUAUUAAAAGUCAUGUCUGUUGUACAUGUAGCUUGGGAUUCAGUUUACUUCUGACUUGUAUAUAUGUGGUGUACAUCCAGUUCUUUGUGAAGUCUUAUCUUGAAUGUACAUAAUAUCGUAUAAUUUCAAGAUAGUUUUUUUUUUUUUUGUAGUAUAUAGGAAUUGGUAUCUAGUCUAAUUAAUCCAUCCUUUGCCUUCAUCAUGUUCGUAAUUUCAGUACCUCAUUUAUAAUGGCACAGCAUCAAGAGAGGCCUCAGAGUACUUCUCUCCACACAAAAUGUUUUGUUGAAGGCUCAACACUUAGCAGUUUUCAAGGUGUUUCUUCUUAUGCUGUUUAAUGAGUUUCAUAUUUAGCUGAGUGGUGCUACCAGCUGUUGCAUCUAGAGCUCAUGAAGAAGUAGAUAUGAGCUGCUAAAAACACUAGAUAUUUGUUUUUUUACUGUUUUGUGUUUCACCAGCUGUGUAGUCCACUAAACAGAAGACAAUUUAUAUUAUUUUGCUAAAUCAUAGCAGUAAUAAUUGACUUCAGUUUUUUUCCAUUAUGGGGAGGACUUCGUACCUUGACUAGGGUGCUGACCUUUGCUUUUAUUUAUUGGAGAGUUUGGGUGUGAGGGGUGGAGAUUUUUAGUGGGUUUAUUUGAAAUGUCUGUUUUACACUGUUUUAUGUUUGUUUAAGCUGAACCAAAUGAAACUUCUGUUGUUUGCUUGGAGAAUGUUCUUAUGCUGGAUGACAGUUUUUGUCCCUGAUGUAAUCCAGUUCUUCAGCACAUACAAAAUAGCCAGUUCUAGUUUAAAUCAUGUUUUUACAAUAGUUUGAAACUGCUAUUUCAUACAUAAGUGGCUCUUAUGUAGUCUCUGCAACCUGUGAAUUGGAUUUUUUUCCACCUUGGAGGACUUCUGGAAGAGUAAUACCCAGCUUAAUUUACUGACAUUGCCACAGUUUGCGUGCAGCUUUUACAUAUGUCACAGUUACACAGGCACGUACUUUGAAUGCUUGCUAUGUAGAUAGCUUGAUGUAUCUUGGCACUUUUUAAGUGGAAAACUUGGAUUCAUUUCAUUAAACUAACAAGGCAGAAUUUGUUGUAAACUUUAAACUUCAAAUAAUCCAUACUUUUGCCUGCUCAGAACCCUUAUCUCAUGGAUCUCCAUCUCUUUAAAAGAGCUGUUGCAGAGGGGCCACUGAUUCUGCCUGGCUGAGGAAAUUACCUGCUUAGUCGCUGUCAGGCCAGCACAACCUGACAGCUACUAGAGGGUGCACAAGGAUAAAGGUAUUUGCAUAGUUUUAUCUAGGGCUCUUUUUCGAUCUUUUUCAUAGUAUGUCCACAUGCCAGCCUUACAGAUACAAGUAGUUUGUUCUCCCGUGUGACAGUAUGUUUACCUAAGAUAAGCUACUAGUCUGGUUCUCUUUAAAGAAUGUUCUGUUGGUGCCUUUUACCUCACUUGAUCUUAACAAAUGAAACUGCUGAUAAACUGCAAAUGUGUUCUUCAGAAGUGAUGCAAGAAGGUUGAUUGUGCGUGUAUUGGGAGUGUUGUGUUUUUGUUUUAAAAAAUAAAAAUGUAUUAAGAUCUUGAAGAAGAACUACAGGACAUUGUAUCUGCUGACUAAUUAUAGAAGGUUGUCAUUUAUGCUGAAUCUCUAAAUAAUUUUUAUCCUCUGAAGUUGAAUAAAAAAACUCCGUUUGCCUCAAUUCCUCAAAAUAUGGUAAUCCAAUAACGUAAAA